CUUGGUUGUAUCUUCAUUUCUACUCCCACAAAAAGCCUCACUCUAUCAAUCCUCUUAUCCUCACUCACCCCUUUUCUCCUUAAACCCUCUCUUCUCCUCUUCCCUUCCCUUCUUCUUCGCCUCCCAAUUCAAUCUCUCCCCUAAAAAAAUGGCGACUUCAACAGCAAACCCAUUACUCAAAACCCUCUCAAUGUCCCCAACUUGCUUCUAUACUCCCUCAAUUUUCAACCCUAGAUCUCUGUAUUUCUCAACCCCAUUAAAACCCACCAAGCUAAGUCUUUCACUCUCUCAAAGACCUCCUGUUGUUGCUUAUGUUGCGCAGACCUCUGAUUGGGAGCAAGAAGGGUCCACCAAUGCUGUUCUUGAAGGAGAAGAAGAGGUUGCGAGUUGGGGUUCUGAACCUCAAGUUGCUGAAUUUGCAGGUGAAGAUGAAGGUGCUGUUGAAGGUGGUGAAGGGUUCCCUGAACCUCCUGAAGAGGCUAAAUUGUUUGUCGGUAAUUUGCCUUAUGAUGUUGAUAGUGAGAAAUUGGCUCAGCUUUUUGAUGGUGCUGGUGUUGUUGAGAUUGCUGAGGUAAUUUACAACAGGGAGACUGAUAGGAGUAGAGGGUUUGGAUUUGUGACAAUGAGUACAGUUGAAGAAGCUGAGAAAGCUGUGGAAUUGUUGAAUGGAUAUGAUGUGAAUGGAAGGCUAUUGACAGUAAACAAGGCUGCCCCAAGGGGAUCACGCCCUGAAAGGCCUCCCAGAGAGUUUGAACCUUCUUGCAGAAUUUAUGUUGGCAACCUUCCAUGGGAUGUAGACAGUUCACGCCUGGAGCAACUUUUUAGUGAACAUGGAAAAGUUCUUAGUGCCAGAGUAGUUUCUGACAGGGAGACUGGCCGUUCACGUGGAUUUGGCUUUGUUACAAUGGCCUCUGAAUCAGAGGUGAAUGAUGCCAUUACUGCCCUUGAUGGACAGACCUUGGAUGGAAGGGCAAUCAGGGUAAAUGUUGCUGAAGAAAGACCAAGGCGUAGUUUUUGAUCUGCUCCACAAGCACAACUCAGCUGGUUGAUAGUAUUAGUUCUUUGUCUUUUUUUUUUUUGCCCCCAACCUUUUGAUUGAGACUAUUUAUAGCUCAUAUUUUGACAGCAGCGGUUCCAAAGAAUGUUGUGAUUUUAGUUAGUUUAUGCAAUGGCUGCAAUUAUGGCAAUACAAACCCAUUUCAUAUUUUAAUAUACGUAAAGUUUGUUAAAUUCAUUAUUCUAGGUUUUGUAACUGCUGUCAAAAUUUUGUACUGUAUAAGGAGCAGCAAUUGUUUUUUUUUGCAGUAUC